AUGCCUCUUCAGGUUAGCGAUUUCAGCUGGCAGCAAACGGAGACUUCAGUUUUUCUUUCUCUACCCCUUCGAGGCGUCUGCGUCAGAGACACGGAUGUAUUCUGCACGGAAAAUUAUCUAAAGGUCAACUGCCCUCCAUUUUUAUUUGAGGUGUUUCUCUACGCGCCUAUAGAUCAUGAGCACAGUAAAGCCAAGAUUGGAAAUGAUACUAUUGUCUUUACCUUGUAUAAAAAAGAAGCAGCCAUGUGGGAAAACCUUUCUAUAUCAGGUGUUGACAAAGAAAUGAUGCAAAGAAUAAGAGAAAAAUCUAUAUUACAAGCACAAGAGACAGCUAAAGAAGCUACAGAAGCAAAAGCGACAGCAAAACGGGAAGAUCAAAAAUAUGCUCUGAGUGUCAUGAUGAAGAUUGAAGAGGAAAAGAGGAAAAAUAUAGAAGCUAUGAAAGAGGAAGAACGGAUAAAAGCAACCAAAGAACUGGAAGCUUGGAGAAAACAUCAGAAGAAAGGAGAAGAACAAAAAAAGAUUCAGAAAGACAAGAAAUUGCAUCAAGAACAGCACAUUGAAGAAGAAAGAGAAAAAUCAAAGAGCAAAAAGAAUCUUAAUAGAAAUUUGGUGUCUAGAAAUCUUUCCACAAAAGGGAAAAAUUCAGAAAAUAUAUUUUCUGAGAAGUUAAAGGAAGACAGUGUUCCUGCUCCUCGUUCUUCUGGCAAUAUUAAAAUCAACUUUACCCCUCGAGUGUUCCCAACAGCUCUGCGAGAAUCACAAGCAGCAGAAGAAGAGGAGUGGCUACACAAGCAAGCAGAGGCACGUAGAAUAAUGAAUACUGAUAUUCCUGAACUUGAUGACUUAAAGGAAGAGGAAAAGAACCCAGAAUGGUUGAAGGACAAAGGGAA